GUCAGUGUUGAGUCCAGCUCCUGAUCACACCUGUCACACAAAGCUGGCUGUGGGCUUUUCAUGCCUGCUAUGUGGUGUAAGAGCACCCAUACCGCCUUCCAUUCUUUAUAGCCUUUUCUCGCUGAGCGCACUCAAUAGGCUGCUUAUUUAUAGGUAUCUUUAUUAUCAUUCAUAAUUAAAUAUCAUUAAUAUAGAGGAAACUUUGCUUGAAAGAGUUUCUUGAAGUUUCUAACUGGAAUAAUUUUGCUUAUCUAUAUUGAUUCAUUUGAUCAGUAUGGAUAAAGAUAUCCUGUGGGCCACCAUGAUAGUGGACAGAAAAGCUGAGUUGGAACAACAACAGCAGAAAUGCAAAACGCGUGCACGGAAGCUGGGAAUUUUGAUUAUGGAUGACACUAAAGAUGGAAGAGAUAUGAGCAAUGAAUCACUAAAUCAGAAUUUUGAAAAUAUUCAGGGUCCUCUGGAUUGUGAAAACUUCUUAAAGGCAGCCACAAAUGGAAACCUCAAAGUGGUUGAUAAAUUCUUAGAAGAUGGAGGAGACCCAAACACUGCUGAUGAGUUCAGAAAAUCAGGACUUCAUAGGGCUGCCUUUGAGGGUCACGUUAAAAUUGUGGAGAGAUUACUGGAUAAGGGAGCAAGCAUCGACUUCCAAGACCGGUUGUCAUGUACGGCUGUGCACUGGGCCUGCAGGGGUGGAAGUCUAGCUGCUCUUAAACUCUUGCAGAGCAGAGGAGCUGAUUUAAAUGUCAAAGAUAAACUUCUGAGCACGCCAUUACAUGUGGCUACCAGAACAGGCCACUGGGAAGUUGUGGAGCAUCUUGUGUCCAGUGGUGUCCGGAUUAAUGCCAAAGAUUGGGAAGGUGAUACUGCGCUGCACGAUGCUGUGAGACUAAACCGAUACAAAAUAGUCAAGUCGCUAAUAUUGGCAGGAGUGGACAUGAAGAUUAAGAAUGCUGAGGGUGUUACAGCAACGGAGCAGGUGAAAAUGUGGCAGUGUGACACUAAGGAGAUGCUGAAGAAACUGGAGCAAAUGAAAUAGCAUGACCUGGCUUGAAGGUCACAUUUUGUAAAGUACAGUUGAUGACACUGGUGUCCUCACAUGGCAAAAUUUAUGCUAUUUCACUGGAAUAGAAUUACUGACAGAUAUUUAUCUGCAGAUUACACAUGGGUGUGUUUAGAAAUCGCUGCAUCAAUAUGCUUUACAGUAAAACUGGUAACAUUUAAAUUCCAUUAAAAUGGUCAUUUUUUUCAUAUCUGAGCCACAGGUGUAUAACACAGAUGUGGAUAUAAGAUUGAUUAAAUAAAUAAAUAAAUAAACACUUCUAUUACAGCAGAUUACUGAGUACUUGCUUGAAUAAAAUCUCUCAGGAUUGUUUUCAUUAAAAUCAAUUUGGUUAAUAAUCAACAUAUUUUACAAUACAUUACACAGUUUCAAGCAUUUUAAGCAAGUCCACAUUAUUGAGUAGAACAUUGGCAUGCUCAGGUAAAACAGUAACUGAUAUUAUUAACUCGUGUGCAAUUCAUCUUCUUUUGACAUUGUGAUUGAAAUGGUGUCUUAUGCAUGCAAAGUCAUGUUUACCCACAUUAAUGUUAACUGCAUUAAAGCACAAAUGUGCCGGCCUUCUUUUAUAAAUACAUGCCAUGUUCCAGGGACACAGGAGAAGCAGGGUUAGGAUUUCUGUUUUUUCCCUGACUUAACGUAGGCUUUGUGAAGAGGCAUUAGUGCAUAGUUUCCGGUUACUAUCAGGGGUUACCCUUUUGCACAAGUGAUAUGGAUAUACUGUACCCUUGCCAGUCACAUGGAUCAGCAAAAUCAUGCUUUGUAAUGUUGUAAUUAAACCUUAGCGAAAGAUACCCGUUGCUCCAUCAUAUCAUAUGCCAAGAGUGCCCAUUAACCAGAGACUAAGUGUGUAAAUCAAUAUGUGGGAUGGUUUUGUAAACAUUACAUACAAAAACACGCAUACACACCCACACACUGUUGAGGUUUCCGGAGAGUGGAAAAUUCUGUAUGUGGCUCUGCUUACAUGUGACCUCUAAGUUUCUGGCACUUUGUCUACGGUGAGAGAUUGAUUUCCACCGCCAUUUGUUCAAGCAUUUAGGCAAGCUUUAGGAUUCUAGAGUAGCAUUCAUUUGCUUUUUGCUAAUUUUAUUGCCAAUAUGUGCGUGUUUCUGAAUGAUAAAUGAUGUCUAAAUUGGAAGAUUGUUUGAAUCUUCUUUUGCACUGUAAAAAUACAUGCUGUGCCUUAACACAUAUCUACAUAAAAAAAACAAGAAA